GCGUAUAUAAAGCGAGCAUGCUCCUCAGUUCCAGAACAAUGGCUCUCCAGACACCCCUCGCAGUUACCCAGUAGACUGAGGACACCCAUACCGCGAAAGAUGACCUCGAAAGAACCAGAGUCGCACACACACGUGGAGGAUCUCAAAGAUUCUCCCCAGCGUGAUCCUCUUUUGGAACUGUUUCCAAUUCUCCAGGACAAAUCCCCCGAAGAGCUGGAGAAACUAAACCGUUCUGUGCUACGAAAGUUGGACUGGCAGUUUCUGCCUUGCAUUACAAUGAUUCUUCUUAUGAGUUAUCUGGAUCGUAUCAAUGUGUCCAAUGCCCGUCUUGCCGGGAUGCAAAGCGACCUCCACAUGUCAGAUACAGUGUGGUCGGCAGGGAUUUCGCUUUUCUAUGUGGGCUAUAUCAUAUCACAGGUGCCAGCGAAUGUUAUUAUCGCGAAGGGGAAGCCCAGUAUACUCUUCCCCUGUAUUGCACUAACCUGGUCCGCGGUAACUAUCUGCAUGCCUGCUCUGUCUUCCGGCUGGGGAUUCUGCCUCUGUCGCUUUCUGGUCGGUGUGGCUGAGGGCCCUUUUGUCCCGGCAGUUUCUCUGCUCACCUCGUCGUGGUAUACCAAGCAAGAAUCACCUUUACGGAUGGGAAUCUGGCACGCGGGCAACAUUAUUUCGAAUGUGUUCUCUGGCCUCCUCGCCGCAGCCAUUCUUACGAACAUGGAUGGAAUAGCCAAGCUUCGGGCCUGGCAGUGGUUCAUCCUUCUGGAGGGAAUUGUAAGUAUCAUGGUCGCGGUGUCUGGCUUUUGGUUCAUCCCAAAUUUUCCCAACAACACUGGUCGCUCGUGGUUCACGGAGGAAGAAGCCGCCAUGGCACAAUAUCGACAAGUGGUUAACGCGGGUGGAGUUCGUGAAGAUGAGGAAGGCGAUUACUGGGGAGGAGUGCUGCUUGCAGUCAAGGAUCCUUUUACGUGGUGCUUCGCUGCUAUUCAUUUCGCGCUUAUCAUCGCCCAGUCGUUCAAAGACUUCUUUCCAUCGAUAGUGAAGACUCUCAACUUCUCCGAAGUCGUGACCUAUCUUGUACAGGCCCCACCGUAUGUGAUUGCCUACAUCUCCACGCUCAUCAUCUCCUGGUCCUCCGGCAGGACGGGGGACCAUUGUUGGCAUAUUAUCGGACCGAUACUCGUCUCGCUAGCGGGAGCGGUUAUCAUGAUAUCAACAUUGGACCGGGGCGCUCGCUAUUUUAGUUUGAUCUUACUGUGCACGGGACCAUUCGUUGGGUUGAACAUCCAAAUAUCCUGGGAAACCACCGUUGUACCUCGUCCACGGACGAAACGAGCAGCUUUGAUCGCCAUUGCUAACUGCGUGUCCUCCGUGUCCCACUGGUUCACCCCGUAUUUCUUCCUUCGGUCCCAAGAGCCACGGUACCAAACAGGCGGAGGGAUUAUUAUCGCCGGAUGCGGACUGUCUGUGAUCUGUUGUUUGAUCACGCGCUGGUGGUGUAUGAGGAAGAAUAAGAAACUGGACGAGGCUGAGGCUGUCAGUGGAAAUGUCACGGAAUGGCGGUACGCGACUUAACGUACCAGAUAUGCAUCACAAUUUGGGACGGGAAUAGUUUGAGAGAAAUUUAUACGAAGGCUUACCUAUAUAGUAUAUAGCUAAGCCAUGAUGAUUUGUUGUCUCACGAUA